AUGAUUAUUCCUACAUAAGACUUACCUUUUAAUUCCUUAUAAUAGGUAUGAUUUAUAGUAUAAUAGUAAGUUGGGAUAAAGAGAUAUAAAUCAAGAUGUAUUUGAUUUAAUAUAUUGGGUUUAAUAAGAAAUAUUAAGUCCUGAAUUGUUACCAUAUUUUGAUGUUUCUAAAAUAUAGGAUACUCUAAAAGGGUAGUUGGAAUCAAUCUAAGAAUUAAAGAAAGAUUUAUCUAAACAUAAUAAAUAAAGAGAUACUCAAUAUUUAACAUUACAUGUAAUUGAAUUAGAGAGGAUCUAAUAUUUUUAUCAAUAAUAUUUAAGAACAAGAAUGUAAAAAUUGAUCUCAAAUGCAUUCUAUUAUUAUAAUAAUAUUGGAGAAUAUUAAAUAAGUUUGAAAGAGAACGAAUUCUUGAGAACAUUGGUUGAAAAAUAAGCAGAUUAUUUAUUCACAAAUUGCUUAUAAUUUUAUCAGAAAACUUAGAGAAACUUUGGAGUAAAGUUGGAUAAUCAAAAUUAAUCACAAUAUAGUUAAUAGGAUGAUAAAAUUAGUAAAAUCAAGUUCGAUGUUAUAUAGAUGUGUAAAAGCCAGAUAUAAAUUAAUAUGUAGUAAUUCAUGUAAAUACAUCAAGAACUAUACAUAUUGGGUCAAUGUAAUUGAUUAAUAAUAUUUAAAAGAGCAUUGAGUGAAAAUGAUAGUGCCUUAGUUUCAUAUGAUGAUAUAAAGUAGUUAUCAUACGUUAUUAUUAGAUUCAUGGUACCAAUUAAGAGUGUGACAUUGAUUUGA